GGUAGAGGAGGGUGGACAACCCAAAGAUCAGUUAUGGCCUCUCUUUCUCUCUACCUUGGAUGGUUCCUUAAAUAACAUAAUACUAAUGAUUUUUGUGAUUCAGAGAGAGAAGGAAAGUGUUCCAUAUGGUACAAAGAACUGUGUUGAAGGUUGAUAUUUCAUGCCAAAAAUGCAAGAAGAAACUCCUCAGAGCUGUCUCUGGACUACAAGGAGUAGAUAAAAUUGAAGCCGAUGAAGCCAAGGGGACCUUGACUGUAACAGGAGAUGCAGACCCAUAUGAGAUCAUUUUACGGACUCGUAAAACUGGCAAAUUCUCCGAAGUUGUCACUAUUGGGCCUCCACCACCUCCCCCAAAGGAUGGCCCAAAGAAGCCCGAUGACAAGAAACCCGCUGAAAAGAAGCCUGAUCAAAAGGCUCAAGCCCAAUUCCAAGUCCAGGCCCAAGCCCACAUUCACACUCCCCAUUCCUGCCCGGUUUGCGAUCGCAUGGCUUUCGUUCAAGUAGCCCGUUGGGAUGAGCCCAACCCAUCAUGCUCCAUCAUGUAGCAAGAAGCAACCACCAUCAAAAUUUUGGUCUCCAAAUUGUACUUUGAAAAAAAAA